CAGAAGUAAAGGCAGACAGGGCACCUCAGAAACUUGGACCCCACCUGCCUUCCAAUCUCCUGUGCCCAGCUCCGUGGGCUGAGCGUGGGUGUCUCGGGAACACCCCGAGUCCACGGCAGAACUGCACUAGCUCGUUUUUCUUGGGAGGAAUACUCUUUCUCCGCCCUCUCCUCCUGCUGCCGACGGUGGAUGCAGGCCUGGGCUCCGACUUCUCUAUCUCCCCCGUGCCACUCUCCCAUCCCUUCUCGACAUGUGUACAUCUGUCAAUCAUCCGCCACACUGGGACAGAGUGGGUUAACGGAGGCGCCAUGGUGGAGAAUGGGACUGGCCUGUGGAGGGGAGCAGAGCUGGCAGAGAGGGUUUGGGGAAGGGGAUUUGCCAUCGUGUGAUCGAUCAUUUGUCUCCUUUCUCCCCUUCGCUUUCCAGGAAGGAAUCACCAUUGGUAAUAAAGUGGCAGGAAUCAAGGAGGUUCUUAAGGGUGAUGAAUUCCUGAACUGGAAGGCCCUCUUCGAGUCUGUCAAAAGGAGACUUCCUUUCGUCAACUGGGAUGCUUUUCCUAAGCUGAGAGGAAUGAUGGGUAAAGCUGCGGAUGCCCAAUGACCAGCCCCUUCGAGACCCAGCACUGCUGAUACCACUGAAAGAGGGGGCCAGUGUGGGAUCUGAUCACCAUCCUAUCUAUGAUCACUCUUUGCUGCCUCAGUAACUCCAAUAAAAUGUUUUCCAAACAAA